UUGCGCAGAAGCCUCGACUUCAGCUUGGCCGCCUAUUUGUUGCUGUUGUUGCUUUGCUGCUUCCAACUUCCUCCUGUACAAUUUUGGUGGCAGGGCUUGGUCAAACGAAGGAAGAAAGGUCUAUAGCACUUCGAAACAGCCACAAAAUGCCUGCCUAUCAUUCAUCGCUGUCUGGGACUACCUCUAUAUGUAAGAUGGCCUUGUUACCAAUCAAUACAAAGUUCAAAGGACCAGCACCACCAGCCCCAAAAGACAUGGCAUUUGACGUCAUAGAUGAGACUCUGAAUUACUUCAAAGCAAAUGUCUUUUUUAAGAAUUAUGAAAUCAAGGGUGAAGCUGACAGAGUUUUGAUAUAUCUUACUCUUUAUGUCACUGAAUGUUUAAAAAAGCUGCAAAAGAUUGGGUCUAAAAAUGUUGCUGUGAAGGAAAUGCAGACAUUUGCAAUUCUUGACUUCCCUCUACCUGGAAGUCCUGGAUUUCCUUUAAACGCAAUGUAUGGAAAACCAGAGAAUAAAAACGAAGAAGACAUGUGUCGAGGAUACUUGGUGCAGCUGAGACAAGAACUUGGGCAGCGUCUCAUCGAAAAAGUUUUCGAUCCCCAAACAGACAAGCCAAGCAAGUGGUGGAUGUGUUUUAUUAAAAGGAAGUUCAUGGAUAAAUCACUUUCAGCACCAGGCAAAUAAAUUGAUACCUGUUUACAGCAAGGGAUGAAACUUUUAUGGUACAUUGCAUACAGAAACAAGGACAGUGUCCAGUCAUUGGUUGGUCACAAGCUGUAAUAUUGUUAUGGAUAAUUAUUUUAAACUUAACUGUAAACUGAUUAAUCUAAAUACCUUUUGUAGUUACAUUUGCCCAUUUUUGCAUGUUAUAGCAACAUAAAAAUCGUUUUAUUGGUGUCA